CCGCCGAGGGAGGUGUCGCGCACUGACAGCGUCGCCAUGGAGCCGAGGGCGGGUGUUUCCAAACAGGACAUUCGUGAGCGGAUUUGGGACUACAUGGAAUCACAAAAUUUAGCUGAUUUUCCCCGGCCUGUUCAUCACAGGAUUCCCAACUUCAAGGGCUCUUACCUGGCUUGCCAAAACAUCAGAGACCUCGAGGUUUUUGCCAGAACGCAGGAACUUAAAGUGGACCCUGAUAAACCACUGGAAGGUGUCCGGUUGCUGGCGCUGCAGAGCAAAAAAACAUUGUUGGUUCCAACACCACGACUGAGAACGGGGUUGUUUAAUAAGAUUACUCCACCCCCUGGAGCAACUAAAGACAUCUUGAGAAAAUGUGCCACCUCUCAGGGCGUGAGGAACUACAGCACUCCCGUGGGCUUGGACUCCAAGGUCCUUGUGGACUUGGUUGUGGUGGGGUCCGUGGCUGUUUCUGAAAAAGAGAUUGUCCGAAGAUGCUCAUCCCCAGAUCUCUCUUUGGAAGUGCAUCAGCCAAAGCCACGUCCUUCCUUCAGCUGGAGAAUUGGGAAGGGAGAAGGCUAUGCCGACCUUGAAUACGCCAUGAUGGUGUCGAUGGGAGCGGUCAGCCAGGGGACGCCAGUGGUCACCAUCGUCCAUGAUUGCCAGGUCGUUGACAUACCUGAAGCACUCCUCGAGGACCACGACCUCACUGUGGACUAUAUCCUCACUCCAACUCGAGUCAUCACCACAGGGUGUGAGCGCCCCAAGCCAGCGGGAAUCGCAUGGUCCAAGAUCAGCUGUGAGAUGCUGGGGAAGAUGCCCAUCCUCAGAAGCCUGCGCCACCGAGAAGAGCAGGCUGGGAAGGACGUCACCCUCCAGGAUGGGCCCCGGAGCCCUCCGGGCGCCACCAGAAGCCCUCAGGACCUGGCCCCACCAGAACUGGGCUCUGUGCCUCCCAGCUCUGUUCAGAUUGGGAACCUCCCCCGGGAUGCCAGGGUGAGCGAGCUGAAGCGGGCCCUCAGCGCACUGGGCGUGGCGCCCUCGCGGCUCACCUGGCAGGGGCCGCAGCACAGGGCCUUCCUUCACUACCGGGACCCGGCCGAGGCCCAGCAGGCCAUCGCCUGCCUGCAGGGCUUCCGCCUGGGUGCCAACACAGUGAGGGUGGUGCUGGCCAGGCAGCAGAGAGCCAGUGAUCUGGUGGGUGGCCACACCACAGAGCCACUCCCUAACCAUCGACCGGCCAUUGCUGGCCCAUGACGACAUGCCGCUCCGGUCCCCAGCGAACUUCUGAGCCCAGCAUAGCGAGCUGUGGUGGAGCCGUUGCUGCCUGAGCUGCUGUUGAAUUCGGUCCUUUCUGGGAAGUCAGAGCUUCAAUUGCUGCACAGUGUCUCCUGGGGGCAGGAAGUCAGCCCGUGAGGCGCUUGGAGUCUCUUGGAGGCAGGAAGUUCAUAUUCAGGCUUUGGCGCAUCCUGGUCCUUCAGCCUGCGGAAUGUCACAGCCCUGCUGGUCUCUUGGUUGAGGGGACUGAGUGGGCAAUAAACGAACAGAAGUAAAUUCUUACAGCAGUCUAGGGGGUCUGCGUUCUGAACUUGAGAGGCAUGGGGGAUUAAGAGGAGGUGGACAGACGAGUCUGCCAGGAGGGGCCUUGGCAGGCACCAGCUGCAGAGGCACAGCAGGGUGGAGCCAGAAGUGACCCUUUUGUUCCUAGCUUUUUGGCCUCGCACUGCUAGAGGGAAAAAGGUGCAGUCAACCUGCAGAAGCCAGGGGGUUCAGUCCAAUCCCCAGGGCACAGUCUGCUCAUCUCAUCUCAGCCCUGAUGCUGGAGAUGGCGGCCAGUCCAAUGGGACCCCCUGGCCGUGUCGUCUCACCUCUGUCCCCUCCUCACUGUUGCAGCCGGGCUCCUCCCUCUGGGUGACCCCACCCCCACC